AUGUCGGGUCGCGGAAAGGGAGGAAAGGGUUUGGGGAAAGGAGGAGCGAAGCGUCACAGGAAGGUUCUGAGAGACAACAUCCAGGGAAUCACCAAGCCGGCGAUUCGGAGGCUUGCUCGCAGAGGUGGAGUCAAGCGUAUCAGUGGUCUCAUCUACGAGGAGACACGUGGUGUCCUCAAGAUCUUUUUGGAGAACGUGAUCCGUGACGCCGUCACCUACACCGAGCACGCCAGGAGGAAGACGGUGACUGCCAUGGACGUCGUUUACGCGCUCAAGAGGCAAGGAAGGACGCUCUACGGUUUCGGCGGUUAA